AUGGACAUUAUCCUCGACAUUUCAAACGAGUAUUUCCUUGACAGAGUUUGGGCCAAUGUCCUCCCACGUCACGUCUCGCCCUACUCUAAUUCAUCAUCUAUACCCCUCGCAGUCGACCCCGUCUCUGCAUGGCCACGUGACCAUAUAGGCAGACAAUUGAUAUCUCUCGUUGUCCUCACUCUCAUCGGCAUUCACUGCCUAUACUUCAUUUUUGCUGGUCUCUCCUACCAGUUUAUAUUCAACCAUGACAUGAUGCGGCAUCCGCGUUUCUUGAAAAAUCAAGUAAAACUCGAAAUUCAAACCAGCCUGCGGUCGUUUCCUUGGAUGAUGCUUCUUACACUACCAUGGUUUCAAGCUGAAGUAAUGGGCUACUCCAAACUUUAUAAUAGUAUAGACGACUAUGGUGCAGCCUACUUUUGGUUAUCUAUCCCAUGUUUCUUGCUUUUCACAGAUUACUCAGUAUACUGGGUUCACCGAAUUUUGCAUCAUCCCAUGCUUUACAAAACGUUCCACAAACCACACCACAAGUGGAUCAUUCCUACGCCAUUUGCCUCUUACGCAUUCCACCCAGUCGAUGGAUACCUCCAAUCCGUUCCAUAUCAUCUUUUCGUAUUUAUGUUCCCUCUCCACCGGAAACUAUACCUCGCACUUUUCGUCUUCGUCAACUUUUGGAGCAUACUGAUUCAUGAUUCAGAUAUGAUAACCGGCCAUUUCCUCGAAAAGGUCAUUAAUGGACCUGCACAUCACACUCUACACCACCUUUAUUUCACCGUGAACUAUGGCCAAUAUUUCACAUGGGCUGAUCGCGUUGGUGGCUCGUACCGUCAACCGGAGUCGCAACUAGAUCCACUAUUAGAAGUGGCAGACUCGCAUGAGACGGAGGUAAAGAAGAUGCAAUGA